GCCGCUGUGUCCGGGGGCCGGGCUGGCUGGCCGCAGUAGUGUGAGAGGCGUUCCUCUGCGGUAGCGCUGCCACCUGGCUGCAAGUGUGGGGCGUGGUGGUCGCGGUGGGGGACACACGCGGGGUUUUUUAUUUCUACCCCUUUUUCACCCAGUUCCAUGCGGCAGGUAACUUUGCUGAGAGAUGGCGGAGCAGCAUCAGGACGUCACCAUGAUGAAGGAUCACGCAGCUGGCCAGGAGAAGCACAUCCCAUCAGGCUAUCCCCUUCAGAUACCAGUCGAUGAUGGAUCAGAUGAGCCUGUUUCUGAAACAUCUGAUGCUAAGAGCACCCCAACUAUGGAAGAUGCCACAGUACCUUUAGUGGAGGAAGGAGACCACGAGGAUCAGGGUGGUGUUGAACAGCAUGGGGAGAUCCCAGAAGGAACCACAGCUGAAGAUGCAGGUGUAGGAGCCACUCCCAACCUGGAGGACCAUGCUGCAGGAGAUGCCACUCAAGGUUGUAUUGACAGCAAAGAUAAGGAAGGUACUGAAGCUGAGGAAAAGAAACCAAAGAAAUGCUCACCUUCCACUGCCAAAGCCCCAGGCUCCAGACCCUCCAUCCCCCCCCACCGACACACCUCUGCUAGCACAAUCCCUUCGAAAAAAUCCUCCAGCUCUGCUUCCACCUCUAAACGAGUCUCUUCUGUCACAUCCCGACUGGUCCAUAUAGAAACACAAGAAACAAAAGCCAAGGGCCCGGAGAUGAGAGGGGAUACGAAGAUGGGCACACCAUGGUCUGGAGCCGGGCAAGCACAGAGGAACUCGACCAAUGCCACACGCAUCCCAGCAAAGACACCUACAGCCCCUAAAACACCCCCCAGCUCCGGCAGAAAGGAGCAGAAAAAAACACCUCCUGCAGCAGCAAAGUCUGAGAAAGGUGAGCAGCCAAAGUCUGGAGACAGAAGCGGUUACAGCAGUCCCGGCUCCCCCGGGACUCCCGGCAGCCGUUCCCGCACUCCCUCUCUGCCCACCCCACCAGCCAGGGAGCCCAAGAAGGUGGCAGUCGUCCGCACACCACCAAAAUCCCCCGCCUCUGCCAAGAGCCGCAUCCAGCCCUCAGCUGCACCCAUGCCUGAUCUGAAAAACGUCAAGUCCAAAAUUGGCUCCACUGAAAACCUGAAGCACCAGCCCGGAGGUGGCAAGGUGCAGAUUAUUAAUAAGAAGCUGGACUUUAGCAGCGUUCAAUCCAAGUGUGGCUCAAAGGAUAAUAUCAAACACAUCCCGGGAGGAGGCAGUGUGCAGAUUGUUAAUAAGAAGUUGGACUUUAGCAGCGUUCAAUCCAGGUGUGGCUCAAAGGAUAAUAUCAAACACAUCCCGGGAGGAGGCAGUGUUCAAAUUGUUUACAAGCCAGUUGACCUGAGCCACGUGACAUCCAAAUGUGGUUCCCUGGGCAACAUCCAUCACAAACCAGGUGGUGGCCAGGUGGAGGUGAAAUCUGAGAAACUGGACUUCAAAGAUAAGGUGCAAUCGAAAAUUGGAUCCUUAGAUAACAUCAGCCAUGUCCCUGGAGGAGGAAAUAAAAAGAUUGAGACCCAUAAGCUGACCUUCCGUGAGAACGCCAAAGCCAAGACCGAUCACGGUGCCGAAAUUGUCUACAAGUCCCCCACCAUCUCCGGAGAUGCCUCCCCACGCCGCCUCAGCAAUGUCUCCUCCAGCGGCAGCAUCAACAUGGUGGACUCCCCCCAGCUUGCCACGCUAGCCGACGAGGUGUCCGCCUCGCUGGCCAAGCAGGGCUUGUGAUUGGGGCAUGGCUGGCCCAUAUGGGAGAAGACAAGGGAAAAGAAAAAAAGAAAGAUAAAGCAAACAGAAAUAAUAAUACUCUGCCCUUCUUUCUCUGUUCCUUUUACAGUUGCUUCCCCAUCCCCUAACUGGUUAAUAAUUUAACCUGCUUUUACUGUUCAUUCAGCUCUAGCUCCAGGACAUUGGUGACACUAUGAGGUACAAAACUUCCUCUCCCCCUGCUCCUUGCCCAUGCCUGUCCCCCACUCCCUCCCGUGUUUCCCUGAGAGGUCCCUGGCUGUCCUGGGGCUGCCCACCCUGGCAAGGACUCACCUUCUCCUGACCUGAGCACCCCAUACCACAGGACAAGGUCCUCAGGGGAGGGCUGAGCUUCUCCGGGGGGAGAUGGGGGAGGUGUGCUGUGCUCCUCCCCCUAAGGAUGCCUGGGCUGGACAGUGCAGGUAGCAGGGGCUGCAGCCAGGGACUGCAGGGAGGUGCCUUCCCUUCCUGCAUUAAAUUUGUUUGCUGAUUUGGAAGAAACCUUUUGGUUUUGCCUCCAAAAGCUGAGGUGUAUAUGAAAAUAACUGCCAGGUACCCCCCAAAGCUCUGUGUGUGUGUGUGUGUGUGUGUGUGUGUUCCCUCCCCCCCGUGGCUGUGCUGGAACCACUGAGUGGAUGAGUAGUGGUUUUUCCCCAUCCCUUUGGCGACCCCUCGUGUCGUAGAGUAGAUGUAUCUAUAUAUGCUUGAACCAUGCCAGGGUGAUUGUUUUAAUAACGAGCAUGUGUUUUAAAAAAAGAAAAAUGCAUUAAGUAGUUUUUGAGGUGCCCAGUGCCGACUCCUCUGCAGCCCAGCUGGGGGGGGGGCGAGCUGCUGUUGAGCUUCAGGCUGUGUCUGAGCACCGCCAGGGGGCUGUGCUGGGGCUUCCCCCGGGACUGUGCACCUCCCAUGGCCUUAGGAUGUUGUAGGAGGGGCACUCACAGCUCCAGGGCUGGGAUGACCCCUAGGUUUGGGUGCAGCUUGUUAACAUUUUUGGGUUAUUUUUUUUUGUUGUUCUUUUCCCCCUGCAAGGUCAGCUCAGAAGUCUUGGAAGUGGCAGCUCCACGGUUCUGCUGUUCUCAUGCCAUUGGCAGCAGCAGGAGACAACCAGGAGGAUGUGAGAAGGCAUGAGGGAGGUUUUAGCUGGUGUGUGGUGGCAGCUCCUCCAGGUUCUGCACCCGGGGCCAGAAGCAACUCCCUGGUACUGAAUUCCCCUCCCCCCUCACCCUGGGGUUUUCUGGUUUGAGUUGGCAGCAUGUUACCCCUUCAUGGUGUCACCUUCAUGCAGCACUCGCCACCCCCCAGCACCACACAGGGGAAAAGAGCUGAAGCAUUUCUUCCUUUUGCUGCUUUUAUUCCUGUGGCAACCUAGGGAGUGUGAGGGAGUAGCCUGGGGCUGUGCUGUACCCAUGGCCGUCCCUGCACGCCCCUUCUACAACCAAAGAGCCUGAGAUGCCAUCAGUUCAGCUCAGUGUGUCCCCUCCAUCCCUGUCUCCCCACAAGAGGCACCAGUUGAGCUGGCAAUGGUAGUGCAGGUGGAAGGGUGUCCAGGGGGCCACAGACUGUGACCCCCAGGGCCAUGCUGCAGGGAAGGCUGCACUUUCCCAGCAAGGGGCUGAAACCCUGGGCUGGCAGGCAUGGAGGGGGGUUUGGUCUCACUGGGGCACAGAGCACAGGUUGUCCUUGGGAUGGCAGCUGGGUGCCAAAGAGGCUGUUUCAGCAGGUUUAUGACCAGGACAGACCCCCUCCCACCUUUCACAGGUGCUGCUGAACCUGCCACAGCUGCCGCAUGCCUUGUGCUGGUGCCACUGAGAUGUUCUGAGUGGCAUUGGGCUGCUGCCCAUCCUGCCUGCAGCAGCAUAAGGGCUGGGGGGUGUGGAAUUUUCUAACAUUUGUCUCUGCAGCUCCAGGAGCUGCUUUACUGCUGGGGAGGGGCUGGUUCAGCUACAACAUAAACAGGUCAAGUGAAAGCCCACGUCCAGCUUGUCACUCACCCCAUUACAAUUGACUGAUCAUAGGACACUGUACUCCAGUCUGUGACCCUCUGCACCAGUACAGAAUGGAGGAGCUGGUGCAGUAUUUUUGUCCUCUGUAAAAGGAGCAAGUGGGAGACCCAGAAUGCUAGUCACCCCUUUUAACCCUUUUUAGCUCCAGGGUGAUGUGUAGCUGAGCCCCUCCUGGCCCUGCCCUGUGCUACCUACAUACCCCUCUGUGAAGCUCUGGAGGGCCAGGGUGUGCUGGGAGCUCCAGGGAGUGAGAGCAUCCUCAACUGAGCACCCCUCCCCAGCCCCUCUACCCUUCUCCCCCACAGGGGCUGUGCAGGUCCCAGGACAGUCCUCUCCUGCUGUCCCCUUCCAGCAGCCCAAGCCAUGUCCCCAGCCCUAAUACCAUGUUCAGACCCAGGCCUGAGGGUUACCAAGAGCAGCUGGACUGACCCAUAGCUUUUCAAUUACUCCACACAUAUCUUGGUCUAAAAAGGGUUAAAACCAGUACUGAUUAAAAAAGCAAACCAAAACCCUGUGUUUCUGCACUCAAAUAAACUUGUUUGUUAAAUAAGCUUCUAGUGCCAGACUGGCGGUGGUGCUGGCAGCCCCGAUCCCUGCAGAUACUGGGGUGGGAGGGGAAGGUUUGAUCUUAGUGUAUCAUUCUAGCUUAGCUGUUGUCUGUAAAUGUCCAUAGUGUAGCGUGUGUUUUAACAACUGGUUUACACUGUUGCCAUAAAAGUGAAUUUGGAAAUAAAGUCAUUACU